UGGCAGUAAUCGCACAGUUUUUCCUCGACCGUUCGUGUGUUAAUCUCGCGCGCGCGCUCCCGCUACAGACAGUGAGCGUAUUCUACUGGCGUCCACGCGUCCGUCAAGCGGUUUCGGUUUACGUGUGAGUGUGUGGUUGGUUUUAAAUUCGCAUCAAACAGGGAAGAUAUUACAUUCGCGCUGUACCCCGGUGGGAGGGAAAAUUCGCGACAACUCUUUGCCUGUUUCCUUCCUACUUCGUGCUUUCCUUCGUGCCGGCUCGUGCGGUUCGGGCAUACAAGUGGUUGCCCCGUUUGUUUGGUACGAAAUUCGGCGUUCCGAUCGCCGAUCCGCAGCUAGCGCAUUCUGGACUUUGCUCGAUCGGCAACGGGUUCGCGUCUCGUGCAACCUUGUCGCGUGUGUCCGCAAAACAGUGCGCGAGAUCGACGUGUUAAUAUCGGAGCCCGGCCGCAACCGUGAUCGUGACGUGGUGCACGCGUGGAAGAAGCUUUACCAUAGGGCCUACUAAGGAGGGAUGAAAGUUGUGGAAAAACCACGUGCUCGUGCAGGGAAGACGUGAAGCAAAACGGUUUUACUACAGCAAUCAAUCGACGGCACGGGAGAGAGCGAGAGAGCUCAAAGAAGAAGCGUAAGAAAACGGUGCAAGUUACAACACUUCUACAGUUCUGGAAAGCAUAACCAGCUCUCGCAGUGUUGUUCGUGUGUGUGUGCGUGUGUGUAGAUUGUACUGCGGCGGAAGUUUAUCACCGUGUGAAAAGUGCCAGCAGACACGUGUGAGUGAAAGUGCAUUGAAAAAGACGCCAAACAAAACGCAUCACAGACCGAAACUCGUACAGAACCCGUUAAAUAAUCCAUUCCGGCUUGAAUUGUUUCACCCGAUGUAGUGUGUUUGUGUGUGUGUGUUUCCCCAUGUAAGUGCAGUCUCGCUUCUCCGGCAAACCGUAAGCAAAGUGUCACCGCCAAUGCAGCUGCAGUGUCGGUUGCGCGGCCGGCAGUAGUGAUUCGCGACGAAAGAUGCGCUUCCUCAAAUCGGCACCAGUAAACAAUGAGCAUCCAAUCGGCCGAAGUGCAUCGAAAACCCGGCAGCGGUUCCGGCAGCGGCCAUGCACCGAUCUCACGCCCAUCGCCUGCCACGAUGGCGCCCGCACUAACGCCCAGCACCGUCCCUCGGCACAGUGACCGGCCGGUCGGUCGUGGUGCAACGGUGGCCGGUGGCAAAAUGUUCCCGACCCUCGACGUGACGCUGGCGAAGCUGACGCUGCUGAUUAUGCUGCUAAUUGCCGUUAUUGACCACAGCGAAGCGGGUACCUGUUGGUUGCGGCGGUACGAAUCGUCGGGAAAGUGCAGUCAGCUGUUCGCGCGGAAUGUGACGCGGGAGAGUUGCUGCGGGGCAGGCGCUAACGGUGGGAAGGGUUUCAGCGAGCGGGACGUGCCGGAUGUUAGUCUGUUCUUCAUCAACGCGUUCAACGACGGGAUGGAGUGCACAUCGUGUUUAGAUACCUGCGAUCGGGCAAAAUGUGGCCCAAACAAACGGUGUGUGAUGCGCCGCAAUCGUCCCAAAUGCAUUUGUGCACCGACGUGCAGCGGUGGCAGCAACAAGCGUCGCCCCCAGUCGCCCAGACGCAACAACCGGCUGCAUCAGCUGCAUCACCAGCAGCAUCACCCCGAACAGCAACCACGCUUUCACCAGCAAAACAUUAAGGUGAUCAAUCUGAGCGAAAGCCAGCGAAACCACCGACAGUAUUUCGCCGACACCGGACGGCAACCGAGACCGCGCCAACUGCGGUACACCGGCCCAGACACGGCCGAGGGACGUGGAGGCGGCGGCGGUGGCAGGAGUGUAAAAAAGUCUAGCCUAAGUGAAAACCGAUCACCCGGUGGUAGCCAAAGAGCAGCGAGCGCGAAACACAGCGCUAAGGAUAACGCUAAGGAUAAGAAGCAUAAUUUAUUGGAAUCUGUGACAUUAGUGAGUAGUAGUAGUCGGGGUGGCAGUAGUAGUAAUAGCAGUAAGAACAGUAGAAGUAGUGGCACCAGCACGUCCAAAGGUACCCGCCACCCGCCCCGCAACUGUACCGCGCCCAGCUUCGGUCCCGUACCGCCCGGCUGCAACCCGUCCGGGCGCGACUGGACCGGUGGCGAACGGAUCGUUCUGCAGCAGAACGGGCUAGCUUUAAAUUCACAUCCCACCGGCGGCAAGGGCCCGGCUGUGGCCAAGGCCAAAGGGCACACCUCUGCAUCGACAUUUAUCCCACCCACAACGCGACACCACCACCGGAAGGAUGUGCCGGUGCGUGGCAAUCAGACGAUGAACGAACAAACCCACCGAAAGCCGUCCACCGCGGCACCGUUCGUCGCGUUCGGGAAGCCAAAGUUGCUGCGUGUUCCGCGGGUCGGUCGCAAGCAGAACGGCACGGCGGUACGGGUACCGCGCCGUGAGCCAAACUAUCUGGACGACGUGUUCUUCAUCGAGAACUAUCAUCAUCAGCAGCAGCGAAGGAAUCGCAAGCACCAGGAGCCGAUGGAGGAUUUCUGGGGCAACGAAAUAAUGCAUCAGACCAAUUUCUACAAUCCAGUUUGCGGCACUGACGGUAGAACGUACAAAACUGAAUGUCAGUUGAAGAAACGUGCUUGCAGACAAGAGAUUACAUCCCUACUGGUCGCCUACAAAGGACACUGUCAAACAUCAUGUAAGUUUGUCCAGUGUCCGAAUGGGAAGCGGUGCAUCGAGGAUCAGAAUGCAACGCCACACUGUGUGUCCUGCGGUGGUACCGAGUGCCGGGCCGAUCGAUCGCCCAAAUCCGUUGUUUGCGGUACGGACGGGAACACCUAUCCGAGCAUCUGUGAGCUAAAGCGACAGGCAUGUCUGACUGGACGAGCCAUCCCGGUUGCUUACCGGGGACGUUGUGUCGAAGCCGCCACAUGCGAGACGAUCAAGUGCAAGGAUCGGCAGCACUGUCUAACGGAUCUGAAAACGCAUAAACCGCGGUGUGUCAGCUGCAGCUACAAAUGUCCCCGCACAAAACGCCAGCAGGGCUAUGGAAAAUCGUAUCGUGAUGCCAAAAAUUUCCCCUUCAACGAUCACAACAUCAAGCUGUGCGGUACCAACAAUCGUACAUAUCACUCCUGGUGCCACAUGCAGAAGGAUUCCUGCACGACAGGAUUUUACAUCGACGUCCAGCACAGCGGCUCAUGCGCCUUUGGAAGAUAAAGAAAAACCCACCAAAAGGAUCGGAAUGGUCCUUAAGCCCAAAAGAAAAGAAAAAAAAACUGUCGAAAGCAAAUCGUUCCGGUACGGUAAAGUGCCCGUUGCUCAAUUGAUGGCUAAAGUAACGGACAAAUAAGAUAGAAGCAAGCAAGCGCAAAACAAUGUUUAGACAGCGCUGUAAAGAAAUACUUAUCAAAGGUACAUAUUUAUCUGUAAAUUCAUAACAAUCGCAAGAGAAGCACACACAACAAACAUUACCGAGCAUUCUUGUUUAUCUUCUCUCUUUUAAUUUAUAAACCAAUUCUGUCUCUUUGUUAAGUUAUUUAUUUUUGUUUGCAAAAUCACAACCAAGAAACAGUAGCGUAAAUAAUGCUGGUAUCUUCUUAACGCAAAAGCAAAAGCUAUUUAGCUGGUUGUAAAUAGUUGGAAAAGUAAGAGUGUGUAACUGUGUAGUUUACAUAUUUUAGCAAAGGAAAACCGAAACAGCUACAAACAGAACGGUGAACGCGUAGAUAUAUUUAACACAGAAUCCUUUCAGCCCACCCCACCCCCUUCCCCAUCACCCCACGCCUCCCAUCCGCCCCCUCUAGAAGGUUAUGAUUUUAUGAAUAGCUUUAGCAACCGUUGUUGUUGUUUUUUUUUCGUUCUUCAAAUUUUGAGCACUAUUUAUUGUACCUUAUACGCGUCUAAGCGAACCAACCGAAGCCGAAGGUGUUUGGUGGAGUAGUGGAUGUGAGGUAGUGAAAAUCACUGAUCGAUUUUCGAUAGGAUUUCCUAGGAAUCGAAACCAAAAACAAACAAAAAACCGAGAGAGAAAGAGAGCGAGAUCGAGGGAGAGAAAACAAACACACACACAAACGAUGUACUUUAAUUCGCUAUCUAAUGAGAUAAAUGUAAUCAGCUAUAAAAGAAGUUUUAAACCAUUUAAAUUAAACUAAAUCCAAAAAAAAGAACAAAAAUUGUGAAUAGAAACGGUCAAAAGAUUAAAGGAAAAGGUGAAAAUUAGAAAGUGACAAGCAGAAGAAAAAAAAAACUGAUGAUGAUCGAACCCUACUCCGUGGAACAGUUUCAACCCCGAUUCCGAUGUAGAACAAAUAACCAAUGGUGCUCCGCAACGCUUGUUUGCGAGCGAAUCGUUACGUAUACACUAAAAGACAAAUCAAUACCGCACCGUAGCACCCUUUCUAUCCCUUGUGCCACACCGAUCAAACAAUCAAACUGUACAAGGAACGUAGCAGACUUUUUUAAGGUGUGAAUCGUAGUCGGUUUCUUGAGCGCAGGAACAACAAAGAGCCUGGAAGGGUCCCACCCGACAGUAUUGGACAGUGCCGGACAAAAUAAAGUAUGACAAAUUUUAAACAAUUAUAAAUGAAAGCUCACCCUUUACCGUAGACAAUUCUUUGCAGUGUCAAUCACACUAGUAGUGCGCGUGGUGAGUGGAAGAAGAAACAGCCAACUAAAUUUGGGUUCCCAGCAGAGGCAAGGGGAAAGAUUAAUUGUUUGUCCUAGGUAAAGGAUGUAAGUACGUUGUAAGCAUCAAAGCGGUAUUAAAAUUUGACUGAUUUUUAGACAAAAACCAAGAUUGACGAAGCAACUCUUUAACCCCUAGCGCAUAGUAUAAGAAGGCAAAAAACAAAAACUUUAGGCCCACAACCGGUAGGCGCGAAAAUGGUUCUCUUGUAAAUCUAAACAAAGAUGGUGCAUCUGUUGUUGGGUUCUCUAGCGAAUGUGAAACACUUUAUGGACAACCGAAAUGCAAAAAAGAAAACAUAUAUGGCAACUUACACACACCAUUACACAUCCACCUUGUUGGUAGACAAAUAUUUAGCAAAACGGAUCCGUUGAAAAGCGUUCAAUGUUUCACCUUGAGUAGAAUAAUUCGUCCCCAACGCAAUUCUUACCCUUUUUAACCAACCAAGCAUUCGACCAAAUGACCGGAUGUUAAGUAUUGAAACCAAACCAAACUUUGAAGCAACAAAACAAAAGCAAACGUAAAUUAAUUGCCCAACAAGAAAAAAAAACAACCGCACUGAUAUACAAACUGGGUACAUAUACUUAUUGACAUUGGAACUUAUUGCAAGAUGGAAAGCAAGCAAACAAACAAACAAACAAUUAUAAUAAUAAACAAAAGUCAAUUUUAAAUUUCAACACACUAAGUAGAAGAAAACAAAACAACAAA